AAAUAAUGCAGUGAUCCACUCAAAUCCCGAAGAGGGCCGAGUGAGUCAUAUUGUUGGAAUUUGUUAUUGUAAAUACGGCCAGCGCCAGGGAGGGACGGCCGCUGCUCCCCGCCGCACUAUGUUCUAAGAGGAGGGUUAUCGCGUGGCUGCCGGGCCGAGGACGCGUGCAGGAGUGUUACAAUGGCUCUGGUCACCGUGCAGAGGUCUCCCAGCGUCAGCAGCUCCCCGCCCUCCUCGGAAUAUGGAAGUUCAGUUAUCUCUGUAGAGGAAGAGGAACAAAAAAAUAGGAGCCUCAGUGAAUACUACUUUGCUGUGAAAGGGUUUGGUGUUCUCCUUCCCAAAAAUGAAUGUCAGUUGGGCCGAGGCCGACGAACCGGCAGCGCCCCACCGGACAUCCAGGGCCACCUGCAAGCAAUGCUGCACCUGCUGUGCCAGGGAGACACUCUGCACAUGGCCGUUCGGCUUGAAUCGCAGCACAUCGGUCGCAUUCGUUACUUGGCAGUGGUGGGGAGGGUGGGGCGGCAGGACGCUGAGGAGGACUGCUUGGUGGGAGUGGACUUCUCUGGGGAGAAGCCUUCUAUUGGAUUAGUUGUGCCAGUUUUAGCAGACACAGCAAUCAGUUUGGAUGGUGAUGGCGGCUUCAGCGUCCUCACAGGCGGGCGGAAGCACAUCUUUAAGCCCAUCUCCGUCCAGGCUAUGUGGUGAGUGUUAAUGGUAGUGUAAGCUGUGCUGCUCUGGGCAUGGUGGCAGGUGAGACUCAGGGGCAGAGGGUCAUAAUAAGUCUGUUUCCACUUCAUAUUUUCGGUAAUUUCAGUUUGAGUAAGUAAGAUAUUGCCUACAUGGUUUUAUCAUGGUUGAUUUGGCAUUGUUUCUUUAAGCUUUGAUAUCAAAGAUAAAAUUAUAAAGCAUUUCUUUACUUUCUUCUUGUCUGCCAUCUGCCAUUUAAGCUGGGGUGGUCAUAAUGUUCCUACUUACUGACCUGGAUAGACUUCUGUACUGUUACCAGCCAAGUUUUCUCCUUUAGUCUGGAAGUAUGGAAAAAUUUAUGCAUGCAUGGAUGAUGUGUACUAGCACUGCACAAUAUUGCUCAUUAUGCACUUUUGAUAAUAUUUUGGUGGUUGAUAUUUUUCUAAAUAUAUGAGCUCUUUGGUUUCCAAGAAGGUAAAAGGUGAAGUUACUAGUAUACCUAUGAGACUUAUAUUACCUCACAGAAUAGGUGGCCAAAAUUCAUACCCAGCUUUAAGCUGUUUCUUCUCUUUUAUUUACUUCAAGUACAGAAAACAGCACAUGAAUUGGUAGGGUGGCUUGAAAAUACUUUUUUUUUUUAUAGUAAAGAUUUCUUUAAGCAGUAUCAUAGUUCUUCAUUCUAAUGGAGAAAUGCCCCACUACCAGAUUAGCAUCAUCACCAAAAAGUAAGAAUCACUUUCCCACCUCCAAGACAAUAAUUAAACAUGCAUCCAAAUAUAUAUAACUACUAAUAUGUUAAAAAUUACUUCUCGGUAUCAAAUGAAUGUUCCAAUCACUGGUAUUUGUAUAUAUUCGCUGAACAUCAGAGAGAAAAUGGAUAUUGGAAUUGAUUGAUUGACAAAAACUGUAUGACACUAGAUCUUAUAGUUAGUUUUCUGUAAUUGCAAAGGUUACAUUUUAUGAAAAAAAUGCUUAGGAGUUUUAUUAGAAUUAUGGUUUCUUAGUAUUGUGCAGCAACAUGUCAGUGAUGUGUGUCUGGUGUCUUGAGACAUUACAAACGUAAAUUAUAUCCAGCCUCUGCUUUUGUGGUAGUGUGGCUCAGCACGUUGUCCAGGUGGGGUGUGUGGGCGCUGGGGUGCCUGGCGCCCCUUACCUUGUGGGGCAGACUGGCUGGCCCCUUAUGGAGUCAAGUUAUGUAGAUGGUAUACAGGAGAGCAGCAGCCAGGAAUGAGCUUCACACCUGACCAGGAAGACAACGCUGCUUGCCUAGGGAGCAUUUUCGUAUUGUUGCCUUGACCGCUCACUUUUAACUUUCUAAUCGGUAGUUGGGAAUGCCAGUGAGGGUGUAGUUUGGGCCACAUUGUGGUUGGUUGUUUAACUCUGUAUAGAGAUUUGUGUUUCGGAAGUCUGGUUGAAUGUUCAUUAAGGGAUUGUCCUAUGGCGAUCAUCACGCCAAAAGUUAAUGAUAGACUCGCGAUGUUUUUCCAUAGAACUAAAUGACAUAGUUGGGAAAUGAGGUGGAAGCUAAGUGGCCUCUCGCCCUCCUUGUGAAGGGUUUUUGUAGGUGCUGGGAGAGAAGGGCAGCUGGAUAAUUAUCGCGCGUUCGUGUUCCGGCACUGAUUAAGCAAAAUUUGGUCCUUUUUCUAGAGAUUGAUGUCAUGUAUCAAAGAUAUUUUCCUUCCUCAAGGCUGCCUGGCAGCGUCACACAAGACAUGGUUUGUGGUGAGCAGAAACAUAAGGCGUUGCCUCGUGCCUCAGGUGCUGUUGAGGGGACCAACAUGGGUAGUUGAUCAAGCACGUUUUGAGAGGUCCCGUGGUGUAUACUAGCCAUUGUCUGAUUGCCGUGUGAAUGUUCGUAGAUAACAGAUAAGAAGCAUGUAUCGGUGUCCACACCCAGCAGGGUACUUCAUGGGCAGUGUGACGUGUGUCGCAUUAUGCAUGAUGCCCCCGCCGCGCCGCAAUAUUUAUGAUGCCCCAAAGCGGCGGUGGGAAAGGGUAGUGGGGUGGCUGCA